GCAACCUGUGAUUACAUGGCAAAUGUUUGUAACAAGUGGAAGAUAUGUAAAAGAUUAGAGGGUACAAUUCACAGUACACAGUUUAAGCAAGAUAACAAGACGUGUUUAUGAGAGACGUGUUAAGGUUCAGAGAUGAUGAAGUUGAUUGUAUUGGCUCUACUUUUGACUCAAGUCUUUGGGAAAAAGCCAUCUUCAGGGAAAAAUGAUCUGAAACGUCGCGGAAAAGCUGACAAGCGGGUAAUAAUGCCGGGAACACUUUGGUGCGGUAUGGGAAAUAAAGCAACAAGUGAAGAUGAAUUGGGAAGACUAGCUGAUGUAGACUCGUGUUGCAGGGACCAUGACCACUGCGAUCGAAAAGUGAAUGGCUUCUCUAAAGAGUAUGGUUACCGAAAUUGGAGGCCAUUCACAGUCAGCGACUGUGAUUGUGACAAGAAGUUCUACGAAUGUCUGAAAAAUGCGAAGGAGAACUCUAAAGAAGCAACAAUUGUCGGGAAAAUGUUUUUCAACAUUCUAAGCAUGCCAUGUUUGAGAUUCAAUACUUUUGGAACAACAGCAACAAAAGGACAUUCGCCAAGUUAUAAGUAAACAAAAUUGUUUCAUGAUCAUGUUGUACUUUUAAACCGGUAUUUUUUCCCUCUAUCAGUGCAUAUGGUACGUAAA